CCUGCCCCUACUUAAAGCUAUCAAGUAUGAACUCAAAAAUUUGUAAGCAUGAGAGCAAAAUAGAAGUACCAAUAGCAAAAUAGAAAAGCGGGAGAAGCAUGGCAGGCGAAGGAGAUGUGAAGCUGCUCGGCAUGUUGGAGAGCCCAUUCGUAGUUCGUGUACGCAUGGCAGUGCAUCUGAAGGGUGUCAGCUACGAGUACAUCGAGCAGGACCUGUCCAACAAGGGCGAGCUUCUCCUCAAGAACAACCCCGUGCACAAGAAGGUGCCAGUGCUCAUCCACAACGGCAAGCCCAUCUGUGAGUCGCUACUCAUCGUGCAGUACGUCGACGAAGUCUGGGCUGCUUCGACGCCCUCCAUCCUCCCCGCCGACCCCCACGAGCGCGCCCUCGCUCGCUUCUGGGCCACCUACGUCGAUGAAAAGUUCUUCCCAGCGUGGCUCGGCAUUCUGAAGGCGGAGACGGGGGAGGAGAGGGACAAGAGGAUGAGCGAGACGCUUCCGGUGGUCGAGCAGUUGGAGACAGCACUGGCCCAGUGCUCAAACGGGAAGGCUUUCUUCUCCGGCGACUCCGUCGGGUACCUUGACCUCGCGGUCGGAUGCAAUUUGUAUUGGCUCGACGCGAUGCGCAAGAUGUUCGGCGUGGUGGUCAUUGACGUCGCCAGGACUCCGGUUCUCGCCGCCUGGGCGGACCGGUUCAGGGAAAGCGAUGUGGGGAAGGAGGUCCUGCCGGACGCAGACAUCGCGGUGGAGUAUGCUAAGAAGAUUCAGGUUUAUCGGCCUGCUUCAAAGUGACUGGCUUCAGUUCAGUCCGAAUACCUCUCAAAAACAUAAAUUCAGUCCGAAUAGUUUGGAUGGGUAGAUCAUGAACUGGAAGUAUAGUUCACACAAUAAAGAGACUACUAGUUUGCAGCCUCUAACUUUGAAAACAUAAACCAUCUUUGGUUCAACCUGUUUAAAUGUCCUCAAUCUCGCUUCUUCUGUAAUUGUUUAGAAGACUGCUUUGGAUGGACGAACCAAAGUAGCAUCUAAUUUUGAUGAUUUUACAUUAU